UCUUGUUUGUUAGUCUUUCUUUUACAGAUGGGGGAAACUUCUGGCUCUAUGUCCCCUGCCUGUGCCACACAUUGCAUUUAAGACAUGACAAUCCAGCUAAUCACAAUUUAAAUUGUUGUCCGACCACACAUCUAAGCAAUUCAUGGUAUCUCAAAACACAGAAUAAGCUACAAAAGAUAUUCCACAAAAAAUGCAUAAUAACUUUGUGGCUGGUUGCUAUGAUGCCAAUAAUUGAACAUGUGGCCAUGUGUGCCCCUGCGGCUGGGAGCCUGGGGGAUCCUGACAAUAAAGUGUAGCGAGAUCUGAUGCUGGAUCCCCCAACCACGCUUUGCAAGUGAGCCAUGGCAGGAAGUGUGGUUGUGUGGAUCAUACAUCAGAUCUCAUUGCACCUCUACCUGGAUGUCUGGCAGUGCCUAAAAUGCUUCAGGCUUUCUACAAAGAGAGCAACUUUGGAGUUAAACAAUGUUUUAAUUGUUACAGGUUAGCUUAAAUGCUGACUGAACCCUCUAUUUCUUUUUUCCUCAUGGGAGAAAGGCAUCUGAUUGCUUAUUAUAGUUAGCGAGUAUUGGUAAAGUAAAAAAUAUAUGGGACCUGCUGAGGCAUUCAAUGGAGAAGGAGAGCAUGAAGUAAACACUUGUCAAAUGGAAUUUGAUCAGUUUGUGGAAGGGUUUGUCUGACCUGGUCGCCAGCCGCAGCAAGGGACUCGAUGACCCCGUGUUGCUAUGGGUCAGAAUCCAGGCUCAGCUGCACUGAUCCUCCAUUGCCAAAUCCCAAUCUGAGCAGGACUCUGGACUCUACACUUCCUGCCCAUCCCACCCUGCCAAGUCUCAUUGCAAAAGAGCUAAUGUGGAAAAAGCAAGACCUCUGACCCCUGCUCUCUCUAUAUUAACGUGGCAUAAUCACUUAGAUUCCAGAUGAGCAUCUUCUCCUUCCUCUGCCUAUAAGAGACAGGUUUCUGUACCUAUUGCUCUGAACUUGUACUACAAACCAUGCUUCUGUCCAGGGCAGUGGCUAUAGCCCUUGUAAUGCUUCUCAGCACCAGUUUCUCUGAAGUGAGUGCGAAGACAAUUGAAAAGAGACAUGUCCGUCGUGACUGGCUGGUCAUACCUGACACAAUUGCAUAUUACAUAUAUGAAUCCGUGAACAAAGUGUCGCCUACGGUUGGGCAGUUCUUGGUAGAUGCUGUUCGGAUGCCAGUCAUCGCUGAGAUAAGGAACCUUUUGAUGAAGGAAACUGCUAAAAUCACUGUGAUGGCUGAACAACUGGUGGAAAAAAUAAAGGGUGUGUGGAAGAAUGGGGAAGCCUAAGUAGCGAGAUCAAGACAAGUCACAGCCUCUGGAUGUGUAGCCAGUUUUCGACAGUGUCCUCUCUCCCUAUGGACUGAGAUCCCUUGUGAGCAGAAUAUUCCUCAUAUUCCACAAUAUUGCCACUAGAGGGGGUGGAAGCUUUAAAGACUAGGGAACCCAUAACCUUGAAGAAAAAAAUGUGGUACUAAAACAGAGCUGCAAGUAGCUGUAUUUCUGUAGCUGUUUAGGAAGCCAAUUUCUCCUUUAACAGUAUAACCCUUUCUAAUAAAACUUUGAUUGCAUUACAGUU